AUGCCGACGCCGUCUCCAAACCCCGUCGCCUGGCUCUCUCGGCGCCAAUUGGCUUUUCGAGAUGGAAGCUGCGAUCGUACUUUAGGCCCAACUCAGCCCGAUCGGAGGAACCUUGACAGGCUGAAGAGCAAGUCGAAGGGUGUGUUCGACAUAAUUGAUGAUCGCCAAAACAGGAUAAUUAGCGUCCUCCAAAUAAAAUCGGGGAGUGAGGUGCUCGUUGUGACGAAAUCACGAAGCGGGUGCCUCAGGAAUUCCAUAGUGCUAAAGUUAUUGGUUCAUGGAGGUAUUUGGUGCUCUGGCAAUUGCCAAGAUGCUUUGUGUUCCUUCCAAAGUGAGUUGGCUUCUUCACAUGAACGUGCUACUGGUAAUGAAUUUAUUGUCACCAAACAUAUAAUUUUCAUCUUUCACUAGAAUUGGUGUAAUGUGUCCAUUACCUCUACAUCAGAGUUGAUGUUGUUGGUAAGGACAAAAGCAAUGCUAUUCUCGCUGGCCAAUGUUUCUUCUCUAUCAAGCAAACUGCUUGCAACUGAGGAGCACCUAUCAUAAACUAACAGAACCAUUGGAGGUCAAUUCCUUGUUAAAUUGUAGAGUG